AUGGAGGAAACAUCAAGACAAAGAGCGUACUUUGCUACAGGCUCAAGAUUAUUAACAUGUGCAGUUAACGAAGGGUUGGUUAAAACUUUAUAUUAUUGUCCAGAAAAGUUUGUACUAAAUGGUUUUUUUGAACAAUCAACAAAAACAACAGAAUCUUUAUUGAAUAAAGAAUGCAAUUUUGGAAUAAUUUUUAUUUUGCCUGAUAAUCAAAAAAUCCAACAGAUUAAAGAAAUUUUUUCAGUUCGCGUAAAACAUAAACCGUUACUUUACAAAAAUAAUGAAAAAAAGUUUAUAUCAGAGGUAGAAAAUAUUGAUCCAUGUGAUAUGUUACCUCCUAUAAAGAAACUUUCUUUAGAUACUGAAUUCAGGUCUAUGGAUGAAGAGAAAGAAGACGAAGAAAAUAAAUUUGAAUUAUUUUGUAAGAAAUGUGCAAAUUUGUUCGAGAUUGGUGGAAUAAAAAUUAGUCCAGUUGAUAUAAUGAGAGUAUUUGGUGAUUGGUUAAAUUUAAAUAAUGAAUUAAUUGAUUUUACAUGUUCAGAAUUAAAAAGUUCUUACGAAUACCAAGAAUUUAUAUAUAGACAUCCAAAACCUAUGCCAACAUUAAAUUCCACUAGUAUUGAAUGGGAACAAAGUUUGAUCGAAUCCCAUCCGACACAUCCGUUGCAUAAAUCUAGAAAAACUGUUCCUCCUAUUUCUGAAAUAGUUCCAGGUAGUUAUGAUUUUGAGAAGCCAUUGAUUCGUUUUGCACUAGUGCCACAUGAUAAGGUGUGUAUAAGAGGAUCUUUUGAAGAAGGAAUACGACAACUGGUAGAUACAAUGAAAUUUCCAAAACCGAAUAUUCCAUCAGAUAAAGUUCUUGUACCGUUUCAUGAACUACAAUUGCCAAUCAUCAAAUCAAAAUUUCCACACGUUGAAAUUCUACCAAUUGAAUAUUCAAUAAGGGCCAAUAGUCAAACUAAUAUACGCACAGUGGUAUUUCCAAAUUUACCUGGAUUGGCAUUUAAAUUACCAUUAGGCAUGAGAUUGACAUCAGCAAUGAGAACUAUUUCACCUUGGGCUGCACAUCUUGGCGUAGGAUUAACGCCCGUGUUAAAAAAGCUUAAUAUAAAUUGGAAUAUUUUGAAAAUUGCUUAUGAGCUAGCAAGUGUGAUAUCAACCGAUUCAGAUCCAGAUGUUGCAAAACAUUUGAGUUGUAUAAUCAGACAAGAUGUUAAUGAUUUGGAUGAUAGCGAAAAGGCCAUAAUAUGUGGAGCGUUAACGGAAAAGGAUGAAAAUGGAAAAAGUGUCGUUGAAAAAGUCUGGAAUUUGGACACUGAACAAAAACGUAUUGAUUUUCUUGAUAGAUACCUUCGAAUAUUAUUUGAAGCAUUUUUGCCUCCCGCUUUAGAUAAUGGGUUUACAUUUGAACCACAUCAACAAAAUACUCGUGCACGUUUUAGUUCUAAAACUGGAGAAUUGAUUGGAUUUAUAAUUAAAGAUUUUGGUGGAAUAAGAUUUCAUCAAGACACGUUGGUGAAAACCUUGGGAAUUCGUGUUGAUGCAUUAAAAGGUAGCUCAACAGAAUCCAAAGAUUUAGUCGAUGUUUACAAUAAACUAUACCAUUCAUUAAUAACAAUUCAUGUGCACAGGUUGAUUAGGGCUUUGAAUCUGCAUUAUAAUGGUAUUGGCUGGCAGAUUACUCGCGAAAAUCUUAUAAAAAUAAUACCAAAAGAUCAUUUGUUAUGGUAUUUGUGGUUAAAAAAAGAAACUGCAGAAGGGAAAUGCUUUCUAAGAAUGAAAUGUGAAGGAUUAUUUAGAGAUUCAAGAAAGAUUAACCUUCGUCGAGAACGAAGUGGUAUUAUGUGGGAUGAAUGGGUUCCAGAAGAAAGACUAUUAAAAUUAAAUGAAGAAAGUUUACAAAAACAAAAGCAGCUCAAAGAGUUGCAUUCAACGAAAAAUAAAAAGAGGCAACCCAAAAUACCAAAAGUUGAUGGUAAGCCUUCACCGAAAGUAAAUGAGGUGCUUGUGCAAUCCGCUGAUUCUAACUCCAAAAAUCAGGAAAAACAAGAUCAAAAUCAAACAAAAAAGAGAGGUGCUGAUGCUAUGGAUUUGGAUUUGGAUGAUAGUACACAAGAAGGUGCUACAAAAGUGCUGGGGAAACAAAAAGCGGAUCAAGCUGAAGAAAAUAUUGAAAGGGUAGAGGUGAAAAGGAUAAGAAUUAAAUUAGGAGGAAGUAAUAACAAUAAAGUAGAUGUUAAGGGGAAACAAGUUGAAAAAAUUCACGACAAAGUAGAAGAGAAUCAAGAAGUUGAUACGCAGGAAAAAAAUGAAUCUGUUAAUGUUGAAUUCAAAAUUCCGCAGUUUCUUCUAGAUAAACUAGUAGAAGAUUGGGAAUUUAUAACAAAAUAUAAAAGAAAUUUACUCUUGUAUAAAGAGGAGAAUAUUCAAAAUUCAGAAAUUCAUAAAACACAUCCUAAUAAAGAAUGGUCGGAUUUAUAUGGAGCAGAACAUUUACUAAGGUUAUUUGUUAAAUUUCCAGAAUUAUUAUCUCAAGCUCAAAUGAAUCAAAAAGAAAAAGAAAAUUUUGAAACUAAUAUUAUAGAUUUUUUAAAUUUUCUUGAAACCAAUGAAUCAAAGUAUUUUGAAAAAUUAUCUGGUCAAAAUUCCAAGUCUAUUGCAGCCAAAAAACAAAAAACAAAUAUUAAAAGGACAAGGACAACCAAAGUUCAUGAUAAUCCAUAUGGUUUCGUUUGUUCAAAUUGUAAAACUACAAAUACACCUAAUUGGCGUGCAGGUGAAACACCAGACAAAAAAUUAUGCAAUGCAAGUAUAGAAAGCACAGGCCAGAAAGUUUAUGGAAUAUCAAAAAAUAAGUUUAAUAAUAAGUAA